AUGCCUGUACAAAAGUUUUAUCUCCUCGGCAAUCCCGCCACGUCCGCGAAAGAGAUCGAGAUCGAGUCGAACACCGACCUCGACGGACUCAAGCACUUGAUUGCCUCGCACUUCGCUGUCGUCGAGCCAGAGGGAAUUGCAUUCCAGAUCGAAGAUACCGAACUCGCUGAAGUUCAAGAUGUCAUCUCUGCUCAGGGAUUAGUAUCGAUUACUAUUGAUGGCCAUGCCGUCCGCGAUCCUGCGGGUCCCAAGGGCCUGCCCGUCUUGGGUAACUACUUGGAGAUCUAUCCCGAUCACCUUGGCAAUCACCAGCGCCUUUUCGAGCAAUAUGGUCCGGUUAUUCAGACCAAUAAUAUGGAGAUCAACAAAGCCCACCCCCUUUACGCCCUGAAGACACCCUCUGCCGGUAUCUUCCUGGGUGACACCGAUACUCCUGAAUGGAGAGUGGCCCAUAAGUUCCUGCCUCCCGCACUGGGUCCUAAGGCUGGUGAAGCUUGGAAUGUCUACCAGUAUAUGCUAAAGCUCGGUUCUCAGGCUGUUGGAAAGCUUACUCCUGGCUUGGACUUCAAGCAUUUUGUUUCGCCUGACGCACCUGUUCACGACAUGGUUCACCUGAUUGCUGAGAUGCUCUCUUUGAAUAAAAAGGUCACUUCUAAGGGUGACUGGUAUAGCAGUCUGCCGUUUGGUGACCCUAAGCGCCUGAAGGAAGUCAAAGGCCGUAUUGAGGGUAUGGUCGAGCAGUCUAUCCAGAAUGCCGCUAGAGGUGGAGCAGAUGACCUCCCUCUGCAAGAUGCCGCAUUGAAGGCAUCAAACAUGGUCGACUAUGCCAUCCGUGCUACUGACAAUAAGGGUGAGAAGUUGCCGAAGGAAAGUCUCGUCUGGGCUCUUGUUGUCGCGACUGCCGCUGGCUUCACAACAACGAGUUCUCUGCUUUCGUGGCUCAUCUAUGGCCUGGUUACCUACCCGGGUAUGCAGGAGAGACUUCUUCAGGAACUUAUCGAUAACGAUUUCAACGACGAGACACAGAUUACUGCCGAUUUCACUGAGCGUCUGGUCUUCCAAGACAAGUAUAUCAAGGAGAUGCAACGCAGACAUAACCCAUCCUUCCAACCUGGACGUACCGCAAAGACCGACCUUAUCCUUCCUGGGAGUUAUAGGAUUCCUAAGGAUGGAGUUAUUAUUCCUGCUAUUCACCAUAUUCACAACAAUCCCGAGCUCUGGGACAACCCCUACAAGUUCGACCCCGACCGUUGGGACACCCCGGAGGUCAAGAACAGACAUAAGGCCGCCUACGUACCAUUCGGUAUUGGCUCCCGCAUGUGCAUCGGCUUCAACUUUGCGCUCCAGGAGAUCAAGGUCUUCCUCCCGAAGCUGAUCUACAACUACAAGUUUGUUCGUGAGGGUGACGGACCCAUUGAAUACGAUCCAAUGUUCCAGCUUAUUCGCCCGAACAACUUGUACGUUCGUGCUCACAAGCGUGUCAAGUGGCCUCCUAAGUCUGAGGCUGCUGUUUGA